AUGGAUUCCUACCCUUCUUUACCAAAUAUAAGCCAGCAACAACAACAAGCUGGCUAUAAUAAUAAUUCGCUCGGUCUCCCUACAAAUCCUUCACUAUUACAACAACCUCAAUCGCAGCAGUAUGCUAAUAAUUUCGCCUCUCAACAUCCUGCCAACCAACGCGCGAUGAACUCUGGAAUCGUGCAACAAUCACAACAACAAGCGAAUUAUGGAACUACGAACAAUCAAAGCAUGCAACAGCUUGGAGGGUUGGGUGCUGAAAAUAAUUCGUCCCUUUCCAAUCCGUACGUUUUUCAAAAUCACCAAUCGUUACCAGUAACAUCCUCGACCCCAAUACCAUCCAUGUCAGCCAUUAACAACUCUGUUUACGGUAAUCAAGGUAAUAUCAAUGGUAUGGGUAUGGAUGUGUUUCGACCUGGUUUUAAUCGAACUUUAGGAGGUCAAAUG